GCAAGAAAACAUGAGGUCAUUUUUGUCCUGCCCUUAGAAACUGUAGCCCGUGAGGGUCCUUGGUGAUUGAUUACUCCCACAGGGUGAUGAGCCAGGCUAUAAAAAUAUCUCAGGCACACAGCCCGGCCGUGCGCCAAUGUCAGGCUGCUCCCCGAUGACAGAGGGAAGUCUGUGGGAGAAGUCCUAUUGCCCAAAGGCAUGCAUGGACUCCUCCGUGCACAAACACAUUCUGAGCUGAGAAAUCUAGACGGCCCAAAGGAAGAUUUUCUUGCAAAACAGCGUGUCCCUCAAAACACAGUUGUUUCUUGGUGGUGUUUUUCUUUUCAGUAAAAGAUCUUUCGCCAAGUGCCUAAGCAUUCUCAGAACAAACAAGGCUCUCAGCUCUGGCACAGCCCAUUUCACUCUCCACCCCCAGCCUCCUCCUGUGAGUUGGAGAUCUGAUAGCCCAGCCUGAAGUUUGAGGCUCCCCGUGGCCACACCGCCCUUCGAUGGGUGCCUCGUCGUGCCAGGAAAAAAAGAAAAGAAAAAAAAAAGGAAAGAGAAAGAGUGGGCAGGUCUAGGUGAAGUCAGCCCAGUAAAGGUUCAUAGCUGGGCGGUGACACCUUCUCACACUGCUCAAGAGAAAAUGCUUGUUCCCAGCGGCUGUCACGGUACUGGGAGUAAGAGGUGACCUGUUUAUUUUUAGAAGGGGACAGUCAUCAUAGCCCGGCACUUAGCUUCAUUCAAGGCGAGCAGGUGCUUUGGAAGUUUGUAAACACCUACUUUCUGAGUAAGGGAGGCGAGCUUCUUUCCAAAGAGGAAGGGACUUGACGACUGGGGAAUCUUCCCCCCAAUACUUGCUGGUGACAGGAGAGAAAGACUUCCUAGCUCACGAGUCUGCAGCCGGCCACUCGGUCAGUGUGUUCACAGGGCAGAAAUGCCUGAAGCUGACGACUUUGGACCAGGCCAAAGCUGGGAAGUUAUCAAUUCCAAACCAGAUGAAAGACCCAGGUUCAGCCACUGUAUCGCAGAAUCAUGGAUGAAUUUCAGCAUAUUUCUUCAAGAAAUGUCUCUUUUUAAGCAGCAGAGCCCUGGCAAGUUUUGCCUCCUGGUCUGCAGUGUGUGCACAUUUUUUACAAUCUUGGGAAGUUAUAUUCCUGGAGUUAUACUCAGCUAUCUACUGCUGCUGUGUGCAUUUUUGUGUCCCCUGCUUAAGUGUAAUGAUAUUGGACAAAAAAUAUACAGCAAAAUCAAGUCAGGUCUGCUGAAGCUAGAUUUUGGAAUUGGAGAAUAUAUUAAUCAGAAGAAACGUAAGAGAUCUGAAGCAGAUAAAGAAAAAAGUCACAAAGAUGACAGUGAAUUAGACCUUUCAGCUCUUUGUCCUAAGAUCAGCCUCACGGUUGCGGCCAAAGAGUUGUCUGUGUCUGACACCGACGUAUCCGAGGUCUCCUGGACUGACAAUGGAACCUUCAACCUGUCAGAAGGAUACACUCCACAGACAGACACUUCCGACGAUCUUGACCGACCAAGCGAAGAAGUAUUCUCUCGAGACCUUUCCGACUUUCCAUCUGUAGAAAACGGCACGGGAACAAAUGAUGAAGAUGAGUUCAGCCUUGGCUUGCCCACUGAGCAAAGGAGAAAAAAGGAGCAGGUGGACAGCGGUCUCAGAGCGAGCAGAGAGAGGCAGUCAGCAGCUGGUCUCACCCUUCCUUUGAGCAGUGACCAAACCUUUCACUUGAUGCGCAACCUGGCUGGGGACGCCAUUACGGCCGCGGUGACAGCAGCCAUCAAAGAGCAGUUAGAGGGCGCGCAGCAAGCACUUUCUCAGGCUGCUCCCAGCCCGGGUGACGACACAGACACUGAAGAAGGUGAUGACUUUGAACUACUUGACCAGUCAGAGCUUGAUCAAAUUGAGAGUGAAUUGGGACUUUCACAAGACCAAGAAGCAGAAUCACAGCAAAGUAAGAAGUCUUCCGGCUUCCUUUCAAAUCUCCUUGGAGGCCAUUAGUCUGGGAAUCAACUUGUUCAACACAGCACAGAUAAAACUACCAAAAAAUUUUAAACAAGCAAAAAAAAAAAAAAAAAAGAAGAAGAAGAAAAGGAAA